AGCACUAUUAAUAAUUUCGUGUUAAUACUUUCCUUCAAAAGUAAAUUGUCUUUGUAAAUUUAGUGCUCCAGACACACAGGCCAAGUCAGUGAAGUCAUCCUUAUACUCACAGACCAGGUACAAUACAGGAAGAGGCAAUGAAAGCUACCCCACAAUAUGCCUCGCCCAUGUUUUCAUGGGAUCACCUCUAAGUGUGGGAUAUUAGUUUGGUCUCCACAACCAACUUAAUCGUUGGCCUCUCUGAGGUAACUUUAUAUUAUUAUUUCUUUUCUUUUCUUUCUUUUCGCUUUGAGAGGCACUCAGAUACUAUGGGGAUGGAGGCCAAAUAAUCAGGUAGGUGGCUAGAACUGUUAUAUACCAAUUAUGUGAGGGUUGGGGGAUAAGGACAUUAGGCCACUAAAAACUGGGACUCUUCAUAUAGGCCACCAAAUAGCUAUCCACUUGUAACACCCUUUAGUUACCACUGACCCUGGGCUUGAUUUGAAUUAUCUAAUGGUGAAAUGCUAUCACCAAUCCCUUGAGCCUCAGUUCAUUAUAUCAGCUUUGCAUUGAACACUCAGACAGGUAGGAGUUGAAGAUAAUGUAUGUAUAACUAGAAAUGUAACUUCCCCUACACUUUCCAUAAAGUCUCUCUUUGAUCUAUGGCCUUAGAGUUAUAUAGUAUUAAUGAUCUCCAAAUAGGUAUUAUAUAGGUAGAUGUUAUUUGGUGGUGUUAGACUUGUAUUAAUUAACUAGAAUAAACUCAAAUUAAUAAAAUUAAUUCAUUUUAAACUGUAACCUACUCACAAUUAACACACUACAUUCUUGCAUGAGUAGCUCCACUUCAAUACAAGGAAUGAAUGUAUUGCAUUUGGUUAUCAGCAUAAAUUACAGUCCAGGGGAAUUCUCACCCUCAGGAACAAAAAAAGUCAAAUUUUUAUCAGUUCAUGUUCGUUUGCCUUGAAUUUUUCAUGAAAACAAGAUGCAGUUUUUGCAAGCAGGAACCUUACAUUUUGCUGAGGAAAACUGAGGACAUUUUGGGUUGUUUUUAAUUUUGUCAGAAUUUUGGUGUGAUAGUGAUAAAAUUCUACCAGACACACCGUUGUUAUGCCCUUGCCCUUCUAUCACAACUACUAACCCAGGAUCUCAAAGGAUUUAUAAUCAUGGAGCCAGAUUCUGGCCUCCACACCUGUCCCCAUAUGCCAAUCUGGCACCUUAUAGAGUAUGUAAAGGAGUUGCAAUGGGCAGGGGGAGAAGUUCCUCAAUGUAGGAUCAGCAUAGAGUCUAUGAGACUGACCUUGUAUCUUCCCUUCCCUCCCCCGCUACACCUGAGACCCUAGCAUAGGUGCUGUACUGAGGUGAAGGCAGCAGUUAAAAAUAAAAUAAUAUAAAAUAAAGUAAAACAAAUUGGGUGUGUGAUGGCAUGCUCUCAGCACUCGGCCUCUAUCCUAUGCUGGAAGUAAUUUCAUUCUCCAUAGCAGCCCAGGAUCUGGAUGGCAGAAAGGUGACAUAAAGUCUCAGGAGAUGCAGCACAGAAUCUGGUCCUGAUUUUUACAGGUGCUUAAUCUGAAAUGCACAAGGAUAUUUGACCCAUCUCAAGGGUAUUCUUUCAGACUCUCUGCAGACUUUAGGCAGCCAUCACUGCAUUGGUUACUGAUGUGUAUCAUAUUUUUAAAGUUAUCUUCAUAACCAUAAGGACUAGAAAUGUUUGUAAAAUGAAAAUGUAGAUUCUGGAGCACAAAAGGGCAGUUUAUUAGAGUUGUAGUUAUACUGAACCCCGCACCAACAAUUCAAGCCCUGCUCCCCGUACUUAUGAAUUUUAUAUCAUGCUAAAUUGCAGAUGAAGAGUAACCACUUAUCUAAGCAGAGCCUUUAUUUCGAAAAGCUAAUUGGUUAAACAUAAAAGCACAUGAUUUGGGAGGGACUGUCUAGAACAAUGGUCCUCAACCUGUGGUCCACGGACCCCCAUGACUUAGCCUAUGUCUAAGGGGUCUGCAAAAGACUUAGACUGAAAACUGACUGAACAGAAGUCUACUAUAUAUACAGACAAUAGAUUUCCAAAAAGAUCAGCACAUCCAUUCAAAAUUUCCAAAGGAGUCCACACCUCCAUUUGAAUUUUUGUAGGGGUCCACAAAUGAAAGAAGGUUGAGAACCACUGGUCUAGAACAGUGGCUCUCCACCUUUCCAGACUACUGUACCCCCUUUCAGAAGUCUGAUUUUUUUUGCGUACCACCAAGUGUCACCUCACUUAAAAACUACUUGCUUACAAAUUCAGACAUAAAAAUACAAAAGUAUCACAGCCACUCUAUUACUGAAAAAAAUGCUUACUUUCCUCAUUUUUACCAUAUAAUUAUAAAAUAAAUCCAUUGGAAUAGCAGUAUAAACAAGUCAUUGUCUGUAUGAAAUUUUAGUUUGUACUGACUUCAUUAGUGCUUUUUAUGUAGCCCAGAAUAAAACUAGGCAACUAUCUAGAUGCGUGGAUGUACCACCGUGUACCUCCAGAGGUAUGCGUACCCCUGGUUGAGAACCACUGGUCUAGAAUGUGCAUUGCACUCUUGCAGCAUGUGUGUGUCCUUGUCAGAAAUGAUGAACAGGCAUUUCAAAGCUUAAUUCACAGGAUUUUCUUUACCACUAAUGUACAAAUCCAGAACUGCUUACUUGUCAGGUGCUAUAAAUAGUAGGACAUACAUACUCAGUUCUCCAAAGACACAAGGUGACAUAUGAGAUCUCAUGAAGGGUCAAGCAGUCUUUUCACAGAUCAUCUGUAAAUGGAUAACAUCCUGUAUCAAGACUGCAUAUGCGAUAGCUUUGGCUACACCCCCUCCAUGGGUGUGAGCUCAUUCAACAAGAGCAUAAGCAACGUCAAUAGCAUUCCUCAGUGGCAUUUCCAUAUUGGACAUUUGCAGGGCUACUACAUGGUCAUCCAUCUAUACAUUUAUGAAGCAUUAUGCCAUUACUACAUUUACUAGAGCAGAUGCAAGCCUUGAAAGGGCAGUCUUGCAAUCCUUAUUUAGGUAGUCUCUGAGCCCCGCCUCCUGGGAAAGGUACUGCUUAUAAGUCACCUAAGUAGAAUACACAACUAUAUCUACUUGGAAAAGAAAUGGUUAUUUACUGGAUCGGUGGUUGUUUGAGAUGUGAUGCAGACAUAUAUUCCAUGACCCACCCUCUGUCCCCUCUGCAUCAGAGUCUGAUCUCAAGGGCAUUUGGUGUGCAGGAAUUGAGGGGGGGUCAGGGUAAUGCACCUCAUGUGGUCAUGGGAGGGGCUAUGGCCACGAGGUUCAAGCGCUGCCCCUCGACAGGUACUACUAAAUUUGAAAUGACCUAAAUUUACUUUAUUAAAAUAAUCUCAAUUAAAUGAAAAAAAAUUAAGCAGUAUGUUUUCUGCUGAAGUUUUAAAGAAAGUCAAACCACUGACCUGGUGGAAGUCACUGGUUAAACACCUGGAACCAGAAUUUGUUGAAAUGCUAGACAAGCUUUUCACAGCAACAGCCUCUUCUGCAGGGGCAGAGAGAAUAUUUUCUUCAUUUUGAUUUAUUCAACUGGUUCAGUUCAAUGACUAGUUAAUUUAAAAUUAAUAAACUGAUUGGGAGUUGAAAAUGAGAGAGAGCUUCUUUUCCUCUUCCAAACAAUGUUCCCUGCAUUGAGCUGUUCCAACCUUAUUUAAGAUUCCUUAUGUUCCUUCACCUCAUAUUAGCACAUUAGUUUCAGAAUUCUCCUGUCUUGCACUAGAGAGUAUAAAUGGGGGCCUGAUAAUAACUGUAGCCAGUGGCUUAGAAUCACUAGCAUGUCUGCCAUUUUAGGUGUACUCUUCUUCACAAGUAGAGCUUAUCCCACAAAGAUUCUGCCUUCUGUUUGCUUCAUUGUGUCAGAGAGAUUGAGACACACCUGCUUAAGUUUGUACAGAAAGUCAGCUUUCAGGACAGAAGCUCAGAUACAUGAUUUUGUGAUCUAUUGCAUCACUCUGUGGCCACAAUAAGACAUGGCAGAGCAGAUGAUGAUAAACCUUAGCAAACUUCCCCACAUGUGUGAUGAGAAACAGAGAGCGGAGUUAUUUAUUCAACCACAGGUGCUAACUCUUAGUUUUUGUAAUGUGAAUAAUUGUCCACUAGGCACUAGUUUCAGACUAAUUUCACAUCCAUGGACAAGUAUCACAUGGUAAAAUAGAGAGGCCCUCGCUUUGAGAGAUUGCUGUUUGGAAGAUUUAGAUGUGACAAAACUCACUGGGAAAUGGAAGUAGUAAUAAUUUAGAGAGGUCUUUGAAUUAUUUGAUUUACUUGUGAGUUAUGAGCAUUGUAGAAGAAAUGAGUCCUUAGGAUUGGAAUGAGGAAAGGGUUGUAACUAGGAAAAAUAGGGAUGGGGAGGGCAUUCCAUGUGUAGAAAAUAAAAAAGAUGUAAGUGAACAGUAGACUUGUAGGAUGUGGAGACUGACAUUGUUGGUGCAGUAUUGAUCUAAGAGAAAGGGUUUGAAAUUUGAGCCAGGGUUGAGUGUUGCAGGGCCUUGAAGGUGAAAAUAAUUUUAAGCUUGAUGCAGUGGGCAAGAGGAAACCAGUAGAUAGAUGCAAAGAGGUGAGUAACUUGUUAGAUUGAAGGACAAGGAAUUAUCAGGCAUAUUUUGGAUCAAUUUGAGAGAGGUGAAGCAGAUAUUGGUGAUGCUGAAGAAGAGAGUGCCGCAGUAAUCAGCUCUACACACGUUCAGAAAGAUAUAGGAACGCAUGCUUCGUUUUGGUACCCUCAUAUGUAUAUGUAGAUAUGUAGUGACCUUGCUGAUCAUGGGGCAGGAGUUCAGCACUAUUGAAUGGAAGCUGCUUCCUUGUACUCCAAAAUCUCAGCUACCACUGUAAAAGAAAUGGUCUCCCGCGCUCCAGGUUGCAAGAAACCCACAACCGCCAUCAAACGUGAGCUGAGGAUACAGGAUACGGGAUGCAGCGAUUUGCGGUCCCGUUCCUCGCCCUCGGGCUGUUGGCUCUGCAACCGCACAGCAACGUAAACGCCAGCGCUGUUCGCCGGUCAGCGCAGGGCCUUGGGGCGCGACUGUGAAGGCAGGCGUCGUGAACGACUCACUCGUGAGAAGAGCAUGACCUUGUCCCGGCUUCCCUCGGCCCCAGGCUCCACUCCAGCGCGCGGCCCCCACCCUCUACGGCUGCAGGCCGGGCCGGCGCGGCCAGGUCCGCUCCGCGGCAGCACGUCGCAAGCGCCUGCACAGGACGCAGUCGGGGCGGUGAACGCUCCGCGCGCCCCAGAGCCGGGGAGAGCCCGGCCCAGCGGGUUGGCGGAGCGGUGGCGGCUGGGCGGAGGCUCCAGCCGAGGCAGCAGAGGGCGCUCAAGGGCAGGGGAGCCGAAGGCGGCGCGGGGUGGAAAGAGGGGGUCCGGGGAUGGGGAAAGACCCAACCGCCCGCUCUCGGCUCAUCUCCCUGAUGGCGGAGGCCCCGCGCUCUAUGGCUGCUCCCAAUGGCUUGUCUGGCCUGCGGUUCCGGCUGCCUCGCUGGCCUGGGAGGACCAGAUACUCGCGCCGGCUCUGUGGCGGGAGGGGGAGCGAGCCUAGCUCCUCGGAGUCAAGAGGCGGUGACCGCACACGUGGGCACAGCGCCGCCCGGAGCAGCCUGACCUCCCGUGCUACCGGCGGCGUCCUUCCACCCCGCAGCUCAUUGACAUGGGCACAGGCCGAGUGCCCUCAGCGCCUAACUGGCUCCCAGGGUCAAAGUUAAUGAUCCCAUGGCAACUGAUGUUUCUAAUAGUCCAAGUCUGUGACUUCGCCCAGACAUCAUUGAGUUCUGGCAAGCGGAGUGAACUUAGGAUGUCAGCCAAGACUUUCUGGGGGAUUCUUGCUCUGCUCCGAAUUUUCUGGUGCCUUCUUCCUCAGACAGGUUACCUUCAUCCUGAUGAAUUCUUCCAAUCACCUGAGGUCAUGGCAGGAGAUAUUUUAGACCUACAAGUCUAUUAUCCCUGGGAAUUCCUUUCCAGUUCUCCUUGUAGAACCGUUGUGUUCCCAUUAAUUACAUCUGGCUUUACCUACUGGAUGAUCAAGUCUUUGCAACAGCUGGGCAUGUGGCCAAAUGGCAUCAACAGCUACACCCUUCUUGUGUCACCUCGUCUUCUCCUCACCACCUUUUCUUUCAUACUAGACUAUAGCGUGUAUCAGCUAGCUCCUUUCUGGGGUGCAGAUCGGUGGAACGCCCUGGUUCUGCUUGCUGGGUCCUAUGUCACACUAGUAUUUUACACAAGAACAUUUACCAACACACUUGAAGGACUUCUGUUUGCCCUGCUGAUGGUACUAGUAUCUCCAAAAGCAGUUGGUUAUGGAACAGCACCUAAAUCAGACAUCAGCCAGGUGAAACCUACCAGUAGCAGUCUCAUAGGAAUUAUAACAGUUGCUGGGUUUUUCAACAGGCCAACUUUUCUGGCAUUUGCUUUAAUGCCACUGCUUUACUGGGCAGUUUUAAAUGCCACUUCUCAGCACAGCAUUAAAACUAUUGCAAACCACCUCUUGAAGCUUGUUUCAAGCACAGCUUUCACUGCCAUCAUCUUCACAGCAGCUGACACAUUAUAUUUUACCUCCAUUGGAUCAGAGAUUAGCCUAUACAGCAUUAAAAAGAAUGGCCUGUUAAGCACCAUAGCUCAAAUAAAUCAGAAAGUAAUAGUGACCCCUUUUAAUUUUCUCCGCUAUAACCUUAAUCCCCAUAAUCUUGCACAGCAUGGGAUUCACCCACGAUUUACUCAUUUUGUAGUCAAUGGGAUAAUGCUCUUUGGGAUCCUACACAUUCUGGCCAUCAGUGUUGGUUUAGAAAUGCUGAAAAUAAACAUCCGUCAAUUAUCAUGGAUCAGACUACAUAAUCAUAGGCCACCUACAAUGUUGGUGCUUGCCAAGGGCAAUCCAACAUUAUUAUCAUUCUAUUUUGUUCCUUUGGCAUUCCUUUCCCUGUUCAGCCACCAAGAACCUCGAUUCCUCAUUCCUCUUAUUUUACCACUAGUUCUAUUGAUCACACAGCAGAAUAGAACCCUGAAGUGGAAACCCAUCAUUAUUAUUUUCAAUGUUCUUGGUGCCCUUUUAUUUGGGUGCUUACACCAGGGAGGGCUGAUCCCAUGCCUGUCUCAUUUAGAACAGCUCAUACAUUCUCCAGAAUCCCUGAACCAUCCAACACACUAUACUCUACUCUUUGCUCAUACCUAUAUGCCUCCCAGGUUUCUGCUCAGUAUCAAUAAGAGAGACCCACUAGUAGAAGUAAUUGAUAUGGCUGGAACUGAAGAAAACACCCUCUGCCAAACGCUGGGACAAUUAGCAAACAACAUUGCUUGUGGGUCUAGAGAGACUGAUAAAGAAAGAACUUGUAAUUUUUUUGUUAUAACCCCCGGUACAGUCAGAACAACAAUACAAAAAUGUGGGGUUUUGUUCAAGAAUGAGACAUUAAUAUUUCCACACUUGACAAUGGAAGAUCCACCACAAAUAUCCUUUCUAUUCAGUGGAAAAUGGAGAAGUCAGUUAGGACUAUACAUCCUUCAGAUAGACAGAAAUGAACAGAGCUUUUAGUUAUUAGAGGAUUUAUGUUUCACUUUUUAAUUUUAUUUAGUUCUGGUGAAAGUUGCUGGAUCAACAGUUCUGGAGAUUGACACUCUCUCACUUUAUUCACAGACACAAGUACAGCACAAACAGUGGGAGUGCAAACUUCCCCAUAUUGUCCCCCCACUAUUACCUUCACCAGUGUUCCUCAGCCCUGUUCUGGAUGGAUGCUAUCUAAGUGUGAGCUCGUUCGAUCUCCAGCAUCGUUUUUACAUUGUUUGCUGCUGAGAGAGGAGAAAAUCAGAGAAAAAAGGCUGAAGUUCUCUCCACAAAACUUUCCAGAUAGUUUUGGAUCAGUUCUUCUUGUGUCAGGAGUAUUGUUUUGUUUUUUUGAUUGUAUCUCUUUUGGAUUAUACUUUAUUUAUAUGCAUUAAUGCUGCAGCUAAGCAUUCAGGUCUCCUCCUAGUAGUUACAGCAGGCUCCAGUCAUGAUAUAGAAUUCAUCUUUACAAGCACCUCAGUUACAGGAUGGUGCAUGAUCAGAUAUAUCCUCUCAAGGGAUUGUAUCAUGCCCUUGAAAAGGGAGUGGGAUUAGUUUCAUUGUCUAGUAAUGUCUAAUGUUUUAUCACUAGCAAGUCAGAUCCUAGGAAUGGAAGACCAAGGUUCAAUCCCAAAAGUAGCCACUGCUUAGUCUUAAUGUUCAUUUAGCUUUUCCUGCUACAAGGCUAUUUAUUUGUGGAAACAGUAUAUUUUAAAUUGCCUUUCUAUUAGGAGUGGAUCUGAACCUGGAUUCACAGAUCCCUGAACUACAGUGGGGAAUUGCAGAAGUUGAACCAAGAUCUGGAUAGAAAUUUCACUGGUGACCCCUUUGGAUAUAGGAGUUUGGUUCUGGCCAUUAUGGACAAACACUUCCAGACUUUGGGGAAAUAUUAAUCCUGAUCCAAACCUUAUAUGUCAAGCCUGUCUCUUUCAGAUGAACCUGCCAAUGAUAAAUGGGACCUGUUCAAAUGCCGGUCAUACUACACGAUGGGCAUGGUACAUAAAGUUGCAAGUCUUAAAUGCCAAUUUUACAAGCAGACCAAAUAAUGGACUAUGAAGUUAGUUUAUGGGGCCAAGUUAUAAAGGGAAAUCAAGACCAAGUCCAAGUACGAAGAAUUUAUCGUUUGCCAAAUUUCACAGAAAUUCGCAGAAGACUAUGUCCAGACUUGGCAUUCUGAUCAAUGUAAAUAGUUUUUGUUCUCGGCAAAGCACUUUAUACUAGGGGGAAAAACUGUUUUUCCUAAUUGUGGAAAUGCAUGUAGGUUAUGUGUGUUUAUUUUCUAGUGUUUGCUUUGCUGUUUUAUGUAACAUUAGAAGAAGUUAUGAAAACACCUUGAUACUGUACCAAAUGUAUUUUUCAGGUUAUUUAUCUUGUUUUCUAUGCUGCCACAUAUUUCUGGAAAGAAUCUUGUUCCAUACAUUUUGUAUUAUGGGGCGGGGAGUGUUGUACUGACUUUUCAGAACCAUGUUUAAUAUUUCAGACCUUCCUUGGUGUUCAUAGCAGAAUUUAGUGAAGUCUCUUCGUAAAGAAUUGUACUUUUCUAUAUCUUGGAGUGUAUAUAACCUCCAUCACCGUAGUAACUGAAAGCCUUAUAACUCUCACUGAUGUAGUGAACUAUUAUUCUCUAUGGUACACUGAGAUCAUGUGGCUUUUCUAUGGUCACAGAGGCAGUCUGUGGCAGACCCAAGAACAGAACCUGGCUCUCCUGAGUGCUAGUCCAUCUCCUUCAUUUCAAACCCAUCUUUCCUCCAAUUCUCCAUUCUUUGCAUACCUAAAAUGCCUACUGACAUCAAGUGGAGUUUUUAGGUGUGCAAAGGAUGCACUACGAGCCUCUAUGUGUGUCAGAUUUAAUCUUAUCAUUUCAAUAGCAUUCUUCAGCUCAAGCAUACAAAAUGAUAUACAAAUUAUGUGUAUACACAGGAAAUUCAGCUGCUACUGUAAUGGACCAUGAUUACUCUUCAGCACACAGCAACAUUACACAAAUUAAAAACAGGCAGUGAGAAAUACCAUAUCCAACUGAAACUGCCUGGGGGGAAAUGAGGUUAAUAUACCUCUGUAUUAUGAUGUAUUGCCCAUUAAGAUAGUAACCAUUUUAUAUAAUUCUUUCAAAUAGCACAUUCUGAGAGCUAUUUUAAUACUGAAGUUUCUUUCUGCCCCCACCACAGCCACUACACCAAUUGUAAAGUUCUUUGAGAUCUUCAGAUGAAAGGGGCACUAUAAAUGCAAAAUAUUACUAUUGUAUAUAAGAUGCCUGCUGUGACAGGUAUUGCAAUUUACUACAAUAUAUUUGAGAGAUCUUGCUGUUUUAAGUAUAUUGUGACGGGGCAAGGCCAGAUGACUAUAGUAAAGUAGUGAGGAACAGGUAUGUUGGCCCCAGGCUAAACAAAUCCCUGGUACCAUGGGACACCUGAAGCCAACCAAGGGCUAGCUGGAACUAGUUAAAAGCCUCCCAGUUAGUCAGUGAAGCGUGCGUGACAGAAGCUGUAGGAGGAAGCCAUGCUGUUGGAGGAACUAAGCAGUACAAAUCCAUAUCAGGCACAGGGAAGGAAGCCCUGAGGUAACGGUGAAGGAGAUAUUGAGUGGGGGCUGCUGUGGGGAAGUGGCCCAGGGAAUUUUACACAUCCUAUUUCCAAAAAGUCAGUUACCAUAGCUUCUACUAUUAGGGUCCCUGGGCUGGAGCCCAGAGUAGAGGGCUCCACCCUCCCUUCCUUGAUCAAUCACUGAGACUGGGAGACAACAGAGACUGUGCGAGGGAGGGUUGCUUCUCCUCACCGCCCUUGCUGGCUUAUGAUGCAAAUGGCUUAGUAAGCUGUGACCCUUGCCUCUAGAGAGAGAGAAGGGCUUCCUGGAGGGUCACAGUGAGCCCCUGAGGCUAGCCAAAUCUGCCAGGAAAUGUGGGACCCACGGAGACAAGGACAGAGCUUUGUCACAAUAUGUAACAUUGUGGGCGAGGCACUGUAUGUAAUUCCAUGGGGGUGGGCGAACACAGCUUCUCCAGGAACUAAGAACAGUGGGGGUGAUUUGGAAAAUUUACUCAGGUUGUAACCUCUCCAGAGUUACCACCACUAGGAGAGGCUCAUACAUACUGUUUCAAGCUGGAUUCUCUAGAGACCAACAGACAAAGAGUGGACUUUUAGAUAAAUAGCCUGAAUUUAAACUGACUCAGGGCCUUCUUUCUGAUCCAACAAACUGACAGGACCCUCUGUCCCAGAGGAUCCCGAAUCCUUCCUGAGAGGGUUGGAAGAUCUUUUGUAUACUUAGGCUCUAUAAGACUGAUGGAGGACCUUUGCUAAGCUUUUAGCAUGCAUAUAGGACCUUUUAUUGUUUUUAAUAUGUUUUCUCUGUUAUGCUUUCAACUUAUGAAUAAAUGUGCUUGCUUGUAAAGGGCUGCAUGGUAAUGCAUAACUGCUGGCAAUUACAGCUGUUCAUAGCUUUCAAAGAGAAAGCAAAGCGCAGACACUGGCCUAUUUAGGCAGUCUGGCUUGCUGAGAAUAUCACAGUGUAUGCAGGCGAACUGUGCAACCUGGAAAAAACCCUGGUCAGGACGGAGAAAAAUACAGCUCUCUGCCCAAGAGAGGUGAUAGCUCAGGAGUCACAAGCUUAGAUUGGGUGCCACAGAAGGGAAGUACAGGUACAGUUGCCCCGAAUGGUGACACAUGCUUCUUCAGAAAAUAAAGCAGGAACUGCUCAAUUAAGUUCCAUGUAGGAUAGCUGAGAGGAAAAUUCUGCCCUAUUUAUGUUCUUAUACUGUGAACUGGAUAUAGCACAGCAUAACCUGCUCAGUCUUGUGCCUGAAGGUUAUGAUUGUGGGGAAAGUACAGUUGCAUUCUGCCAAUAAAGUGCAUAUCUUAUUUUACGCUUUCAUGCAUAUUGUGGGGAUAAUUAUGAAAAUAAAAGAAUUAAAGUUAGCUUAAGUCUGGUUAAGAAAAUAAUAUAUUUGCUUUAUGUUUGUGGCUAGUAAGGAAAAGGCCCCAAUCAGCAAGUAAAAGAAGGCCAUGAGAAUAAUAAGUAGUAUUACUUAUUGCCUGUAGUGUGGGAAGGAUGUUUGGUUCAAAAAGUAACCAAUAAAAUAAAGAUCUACAGUAACAAACAAACAAAAACGGUCUUAAAAGAAACAAGCAUGAACCUUCCCACCGUUCUGCUGAUAAGCAAGGAAUGGGGAGGAGAUAAGAAGGGAAGACCUUGGAGGAAGGAAAAUAGCAAGGAUAUACUGCUUCAAAUGGGAUUUUUGCUCAAGAUAGAAAAUUAGCUGAAGGAUAUAAAGAGAGCCAUGAAUCUGAAGGUUGUGAGACAUUGUCUGAUCAUGCUGGAGCACACUAGGAUUUGAGGGUUUUUACUUAGGUCUGGUCUGUCUGUAAAUAAGUAUACUGAUCAGAUGCUUACAACUACUUUGUUACUGUACUGGGAUGUAGUGACUGCUUAUUUUUAGGUUGUUAGGCAUGUUUAGAGCAAUUGUAUAAAAUACCAUUUGGCCUUUGGACUUAAUAAAGGAAUUAUGGUUAAAUUAA